AUGAACGUCCAGAAACCUCUCGAUAUUCUUAUCUUCGGCACUGGAGCUGUCGGUUCUACAUUGGGGUGGAGGCUUGCCCAAAAUCCACACACUAGACUGUCCGUUGUUUGCCGUUCAAAUUAUGAAGCUGUCAGGCAACAGCCAAUUCAAAUGAGAACUAGCAUGUGGGGGAAUGGUGCUUUCAAGCCUUUCCGUGUCGUUCGUUCGACGCGUGAGCUUCCAAGCAUACCAUUUGACUACAUUGUUUGUACCAACAAGGUCAUCGCUUCGGACCGCCUUUCGUUGGCCGAUGAGCUGGCGCACGUCGUUUCCGCAAAAACAGCCCUUGUGUCAGCGCAAAAUGGCGUUGGGGUCGAAGCACCGUUGCGAAGACUAUUCCCUAGCAACACGAUCCUGUCCGCUGUAUGCUACAUCAGCUGCUUACAGCCUAUUCCUGGUGUUGUUCAACAAGUCUCCAGUAUCCGCCCUCAUGCCUUUCAUGUCGGUACAUAUCAGACUACCGAGCGCGGUCCAUCAGUGACAGAUCAACAAAGACUAAAAGAGUUCGUUGCGAUGGACGAGAAGUUCAAGGAAAUCGAUGAUGUAUGCGCUGAGCGUUGGACCAAACAGAUUUUCAAUGGAGCCUGGAACCCAAUGACCGCUAUCUCUGGUCUUGAAACUCAUCAGCUAUUAGCUUCGCCUCAUAUACGGAUGGUACAAGAACUUGCUGAAGAGACGUUUAAUGUUGCACUAAAAAUGGGUGUAAGACUUCCGAAGAACCUACCAGACAUGGCAAUCGAAUUAGCACGAGCAAACCCAUCAUUGGCGCCAUCAAUGUUGCAAGAUGUGAGGAACAGGAAACCAGUGGAGGUGGACUCACUAUGUGGCAAUGUCAUUCGGGAUGCAGAAAAGGUUAACAUCCCAGUCCCGACGGUUAGGACAGUGUAUCACACACUCUUGGAAAUGAACAAACAAAUUCGGGAUUCAACUGUGUCACGAAGGACCGAGAAUGAAAGCAAGCUACGUGUGCAGCCCGACAUCCAUAGGCUGCUAGUUGCUUGA